AUGGCAACAGGAACUAAACCUAUUCAAUUGUAUUCAUUAGCUACACCUAAUGGACAAAAAAUUGGUAUUGCACUUGAAGAAUUCGGUCUUGAAUAUGAUGCACAUUUAAUUGAUAUUAGUAAAGAUGUUCAAUUCGAGGAUUGGUUUAAAAAAAUAAAUCCAAAUUCAAAAAUUCCUGCUCUUGUUGAUCGUGAACCAAAUGGUGAUGAUAAACAACCAAUAAGUAUAUUUGAAAGUGGUGCUAUUUUAAUUUAUCUUGCUGAUAAAACAAAUAAAUUUCUUGCUCCAGUUGGUACACGUCAACGAUAUGAAACAAUUGAAUGGCUUAUGUGGCAAAUGGGUGGUGUUGGACCUAUGUUUGGACAAGCUAAUCAUUUUCAUAAAGCAGCUAAAGAACAAAUUGAAUAUGCUAAAAAACGUUAUUUAGAUGAAUCGAAACGUUUAUUAAAAGUACUUGAUACACAAUUAGGUAAAACAGGUUCAUAUGUUAGUGGUAGUGAUUAUACAAUUGCUGAUAUGGCUAUUUUUCCAUGGGUUGCUUUCUUUACAAAAAAUUAUAAAGAUCAAUUGAAUGACGAAUCUUAUUCAAAUAUUGACAAAUGGUUAAAUAUAAUUGGUGAACGACCACAAGUAAAAAAAGGUCUUAAAGUUUGCUCAAAAGAUGCCUAA